AUGCACCAGCCACGUAGCCUUGCGGACCGCCGCUUCACCCCGCAGAUCCGGGAGACAUCGCCUCGCUCCGUGCGCCCGCCUCGACAGGAGACGACAACCCUCCAUACCCAAGGGCCGCGGCCAAUGCCAACCCACUCGAGCAUCCGCGGGACCCUAUCUAGCACGGUGCAGCCGUCCCGACCGCGUCCGGCCUACGUUCCUCCUACCCGGCCGACCUACACGCGAGGCUCGCGAAUCUCCAACCGCGUGAAGGCGCAGAAUCCAGUGGUGUGCUUCCUCUGCGACAUUGGCCUGCCCCAGUACGUGGAUGCCAUGCUUCGCAACGGGUUCGACGAGAUGGAGACACUCUCCGACAUGCGCGAGGAGCACAUGAAGAGCAUGGGCAUCCUCCCCGGCCACGCGCUGAAGCUGAAGAAGCGGCUGCGCGAAUUUCUCGGAACGGAGGAGGUGUCUCCCGCGCCGAGUUUGCCAAGAGAGCCCGAGGGCUUCUCGGUCGAUACGCUUUCGAACGACGCCACGAUGUCAAUUCAACAGAGUUGGGUGGAAGUACGCAAACUAGGUGUCUCGACGGUGGGGCAUACCUUCUACAAGCACAUGUUCCAGCUCGUCCCAGAAGCCCGGAAGCUGUUCCCCAUGACCUUCCAGCGCCAUUUUGGUGAGGAUGGGCUCUUCCAGCUGAACCUGCAGCAAGCCAUCGAGAGUCCGCCAGCUCCGGUGCUGGAGCACUUCACCAGAGUUCUUGAGGCAAUCGGCACAGCGGUGGCAGGGCUGCAGAACAAGGAGCGACUGGUGCCCCAGCUGAACGCCUUGGGCUACCGCCAUGCUACCCUGGGUCUGGAGGAGAAGUACUUCCGUGUGGGAAACGCUGCGCUGAUGCUGACCCUCCAUGAGGCGUUGGGCUCGCGCUUCUCCACUACGCUGGAGGAGUCGUGGACACUGGUCUACGGCUUCAUGUCUGCCAACAUGAUCACCGGCUUCCGCGAGUUCCGGGCCAAGGAAGCCCAAGUGGGUGAGUUCCACGAGGAUCUGAAGCGCAGCCUCAAGAAGCAGGAGAAGAAGAUGGCUGCCACACCGCAACCUGAGAAGCUCCGAGCCCUCGCGGAGAAGAUUUCGGGCCACUUGAAGAAGGAGGACAAGCCAACGCUGCUGACCUCUCAGCCAAAGGAGCCCGAGCUGUCUGGAAAGGUGGAAGUCUGCGAGACGCCCAAGGUUGAGGAAACUGGCCUUCCCGAGGUGGCAGUCGCCUGA